UGCAAUCCCCAUAGAGAGGAGCAGAAGAAGAUAAGAGUGGAGAAGGGCAAAGGAACAGAGAGAGAGGGAGAGAGAGAGAGAUUUGGCACGCUCAAUCAUCAUCAAGAAGAGAAAGAGAAUUGAUUAAUUAAGCCUGCCGUCCAACAGCAACGAAGAUGGCUGCGGCUUCUUCUUCCUCUCCUUUCUUUAGUAUCAGAGAUGAAGAAAACCUCAACCACCUAAGGCAACAGCAGAUGAAUAAUAUUCAGGCUCCACCACCGGUCUCCUCAAUCCCAACUCCUUCUUCCAAUCUGCAAGUUCUACCUGCCCCUCUCAAGAAAAAGAGAAACCUCCCCGGAAAUCCAAAUCCGGAUGCUGAGGUGAUAGCGCUAUCUCCAAAAACGUUAAUGGCGACGAACAGAUUCAUCUGUGAAGUCUGCAAUAAAGGAUUUCAGAGAGAGCAAAACCUUCAGCUUCAUAGGAGAGGCCAUAACCUGCCGUGGAAGCUUAAGCAGAAGAGUAAUAAGGAAGUGCGGCGUCGUGUAUAUCUCUGUCCGGAACCAUCUUGCGUUCACCAUGACCCAUCUCGAGCUCUGGGAGACCUAACCGGCAUAAAGAAACACUUUUGUCGUAAGCACGGAGAGAAGAAGUGGAAGUGUGAUAAAUGCUCAAAGCGUUAUGCGGUUCAGUCGGAUUGGAAGGCUCAUUCUAAGACCUGUGGAACGCGAGAGUAUCGUUGUGACUGUGGAACCCUCUUCUCAAGGCGAGACAGCUUCAUCACCCACAGAGCAUUCUGCGACGCCCUAGCACAAGAAAGCGCCAGAAUCCCCACCAACAUCACCAACAUAUCAAACCACUUAUACGGCGGCGCCACCAUCAACCUCGGCCACUCUCACCUAAAUCCCCACCUCCCACCUUCCUCCCACGCCGAUCUCCUCCGCCUUGGAGACCCCCUCAUCUCCUCCUCCCAACCCUCCUCAUUCCGCCCACCUCCUCCCCCCACAUUCUUCCUCCCCAACGAUAACUUCCAAAACAAACCACCACCUUUUCACUCCCUAAUGCAGCUUCCCGACCUCCAGCCCAACUCCACCGGUCCCUCAUCCUCACCCAUGCUCUUCAACCCAAAUCCUCAUCAUCUCAUGAUCCUGCAUGAUCAAUUCGCUGCCAAUGCCACCGACCCUCCGAAUCUCUACGAUCAAAUGCAUCCUCUCUUCAACACUUCCCUGCAAAACGAUUCAGUUAAUCUUCCUCAGAUGUCAGCAACCGCUUUGCUCCAGAAGGCCGCUCAGAUGGGCGCUACUUCCAGCAAUAACAGCAUUAAAGGAUUCGGAAGCUCGUCUUCCACUAGAUCUCAUGUAGAAAAUGGGAAUCAUUUGCAAGACAUAAUGAACUCUUUUGCUAAUGGAAACUCUGGCAUAUUUACAGCAGGUGGUGGAGAAACACAAGCAAAGUUUGAGGAUUAUAAUGCCGGAUUUUGUCAUUUAGAUGAGGGAAAUUAUCAUCAUAAUAAUGGGAUGACUCGAGAUUUUCUUGGAGUCGGGAGCUUGUUAAGAAGUAUGGGAGGUGGGAUUUCUUCCCAAAGAGAACAGCAGCAGCAGCCGCAGAAUCAUGGAGUUAUUGAUAUUCCUGGUUCCUUGAAUAAUACUGAGAUGAAACCAGCUUCUUCUAGCAGGUCAUUUGCUAGUGGUAAUCCUCGGUGAGAGUUAAUGAAUCUGCAAUAAUGGGAAUAAGAGGAGGAAAAUAGAAGAAGUGAAGGGAUGAAAUGAUAAAAAUUAGUUAUAUAAAUUGAUAUCAAGAGUAGUAGUAAUGCCUUGAUGCUUUGUUUGAUGUUCAUGAGCAAGAAUUUGCAACAGAACUUGUAUGUUUUGCUGUUGUUUGUUGAUUUUAAAUUAAUUGCUGCUGCAGGAUCGAUCUUUUUAUAUAGACU